AUAUAUACCAUUAGAUCGUUGAAACCUCCUGCUCGACGAAAGCCAAGGGAGUACAAGCCAGAAUUCAUAGAAGACAUCGACCGAAGGCGGCGGGAUAAGAUGAGGAACAAGCCCUUCAUGGAGUUCGUGGCAAAACACGGUGUCGACCUGCCCAAGGCUCCGGCGUUCCGGGUGGUUGCAUCGGAGGAGGUGGAUCAUAUAGUGGACAGACUGACCAUGAAGCCUUCCAAACGAUUCCCGCAUUUCCAGUACAACAAACGUGAUGGAGGUUACAACGACUGGAGAACGGCACACGAGGAAAAAAUCAGAAGACUUCGCGAAACGUUGCACAUGUUUGGUGGCGGUAAAGAAACUCAACCGGAAGAGAUUGAAGAAGAACCCAAAGUUACAAAAACUAAAAAGGAAAAGAAACGAAAGAAAACAUACAAGGAACACGUAGAUGAUGAGAUAGACACGAAGAAGAACGGGCAUUUGCCUGGAAUAAAUUAAUUAGUGCUGUUAUAUAAUUUCGAUAUCAGUGUUUGUGUUCUAAACAAUUGUAACAAUAAAUCAUGCAUGCAUAAUUCCAUAUCAUGUAUGUUGAUGUAUCUAUUGUGCAUGCAGUUUAUUAUAUAACUGAAACUGGUUUGUACAUUAACAUCAUAAUUAAGGUAUUGCGUUAACCUUUAUGGUUAUUGGCAACAUAUGUUGGAAAUAUAUAGACCAUCGGAACAAUUGUAGGAUUACCGGUAACUGUACGAUAUGCACGGAUGAGCUAAGAUAAGCUUGCUAAUGCCAGUUUAAGCGUUAUUCAAAGUAAAUUACGCCAGUUUUACAUGCAUGGCAUCUUCUACAUCAAAAUGCCCUUAGUUCCAUCAUACUUAGUAUGCCCCUUCGAAGAAGAGGGG